AGAAUACACUGAGUCUUAUGGCUGCCAGCUCUGGUGCAGGGACUUUUAGCACUAAAUCGGUACCUUGGCUAAAAGAAUACUUAAAACAACGAGGCAUUCAAAGCUCAGGAAAGCGUAAGGCUGAACUAAUAGAACUUUGUGUAAAAAGUGAGGAGAUAAAAGUCCCGAAAAUCUCAGAAGAGGAAGAGCCAGUCGAUCCAGCAAUUUCAAUGAAAGAGCAACUGAAAACUACUGAUGAAGGGUACUUGACCAAUCCGUUGAACAAGGAAAAUCAGGCUUUUGAUAAAUGGACCCAAAAUUUUUCAAACGUAUCAGACUUUAGAUUUCCUGAUCAUUUCAAUUAUCUUGUGGGAAAGGAUCCCGGAUAUAACGCCGAAAGCCUAAAAAGUUACAAAUCUCUUUUGGGAUACAAGUUGUACUUCGAUGGACACGUAGAAGACCUUCGUUAUCAUCCGCCACAACCUAGUACCAGUAGUUACAGUUAUUUUAAGGAUGGAAGUGUACAUUCAGCCUACUGCCCAUGCAAAGGAGGGGCAGAUGGAGGUUGCCACCAUAUAGCUGCAGCACUGUUUGAUCUGGAAGCAAGCAUAAGAUUUAAUGAUCUCCAGUCAUGUACAUCAGGACAGUGCAUGUGGAAAAAGAAAGGAAAGAGAAAUGAGAGAAGUUUGCCCAUUCAGGACUUAUAAACAAGUUGUGGUGGCUAUGGUGUA